AUCCAAAGUACGCAUGCUCAAAACAUAUAAACAAAAAUAAUCAAACAAUAAAAAAUGCUCUUUCCUCGAAAAAUUAAAAUACUUUAGCUUUCUUUUGUAUUCAAAAUACAAAUUCAAUGGGAAUAGAGAGAUCGAUAGUCCCUUGUCGAUUAAAAAAGGUAAGGCUAUUGGAUUUUUGUAAAUUAUGAUAAUAAACAUGUAUAUUUAUUCAGUACCAUACAAUGUGUAACUGUGUGUUGAAUAUACGAUCGCUUGUAAACAGUAUAAAACAGUUAUUUUACCUGUAGUCACGCGAUAUACAUGAACCCUUAGGACAUGAAUCCUUAGGAUUCAUAGAUUUCUGAUUCUUUUGUUUUCCCCUAAGAUAUAAUAUUAAUAUGCCUUGAAGAAUCGAAUAUUAAAUACUGUACUUUAUAUAUUGAAGACUUGUGUUACAAUAUGUAUAAAUACAAGAUAAGCCCAUAUUCGUGUUUAAUCAUUCGUUAUAUUAGACAAAUUCCUAAGCGUUGUGUACAUCAGCCCUACAUAAAAGCCAAGUACUUUUAGUAAGUUUAAUUUUCAGGUAAAAUGAGAAAAAACUUUCAUAUUUGUCAAUAGACAAUUAGUCAUAUUAAACUCAAAGAAAGUUUUCACUCUUGAGCACCUGCAAUGAAUUUGAGACUUUUGAGUAUUUUGAGAUAUUGCCCUGUUGGGCUAGCCCAUGAAAAAUGUUACCAUUGGGUUUAUAAAUAAGGCCCUUUAAGAAGGGCAAAGUAGUUUAAUCCAAUGGUAAACUAAUAAAGUAUUCUGUCCACAAUAUUUUAUUCGAAAUAACUGUGAUAUAAAAUUUUUAUCCCAGCCUAUUAGUUAGGGGCCUCAUCCAUACUCAUGUUGCCACAAAUAACAUUGAAUCGACGUUAUGAGUGGGUGGGCUUUUGUGUGAACUUGUCGACGUUAUCUCCUGGCAAUUUAACAAUUAAUGUCCAAAGUAACUAGAUCACGUACAGUACAGCUUUUGUAUUAUAAAUACAAAAGUCAAAAUACAACUGAAUAUCGAUCAAUGUUAUCUGGGGUGGGUGAAGUAAUAAUGUUGAUUCGACAUUAUUUGUGCAACAUGAAUAUGGAUGUGGCCCCUUAAGGCAUCUGUAUAGCUGUUCAAAGCCUGUGAUUCACACAUUUAACAUUGUAGUUGUAUUUUCAGUAGAUAGAAUAUGAAUAAGGUUCAUUCCUGUCGUCGAUUCAUCUCGAACAUCAAAGGAAAUGUUUUAAGGAAUGAACGUAAGUAUACGGGACACAGUUACGAUCAGGUUUGAGAUUAAGUUUAGGAUUAUGGUGAGUUGUCGGAUUAGAGUCAGAAUUGUGAUCUGACGAUUGAAAGGAUUAUGUUAAAUGGUGGAGGGCUUAAAGUAAGCAGUGUUUUUUGACAACACAUAUGCCAACUGGAAGUCAAUCAAGCUGUUAUAGAUUCUUGAAAUCAAGAACAGCAGUCAUUGAAGUUUUACGUUUGUGACUACAAACAGAAAUGGCUAUCGCCAUCACUUGUCAUAUAUAAUGGCUCAAUUGAUUUCCAGUUGGUGUCGCUCGUGCUCUCUAGUCAAUACAAAAAUUUGCCCUGUUUUGCAUUUUCAGGCUCAUUUCUUCACCAGAGCGUAUCAAGACUUCUUCCCAUCCGUACGCCACAACUAGCUCUUCUUGUGGACAGAAGACGACAUGUGCAUGUCGGCAGUGCAUGGUGUGAUGAGAAGAAAGAUCCACCAGGGGGAUCUGAGGGUCAAGCUGAUGGUGGGGAAACAGGGAAGGAGGUUAAGACGGAUGAGAAAGAGGGAAAACAGGGGGGCAAUGGCGGUGGUGGUCAUCUGAGGUGUCCGAAAUGCGGUAGCCCUUGUACGCAUGUAGAGACGUUUGUCUGUAAGUAUUGUUUGAUUGUUUGAUUCACGGAUUGUCCUCGUUUAUAUUAUGAUUAUGAUUCCCGAUUUGUCAGAAUAUUCAGGAAAUAUCGUAAAAAAAUCAUAAACAUACUGUUUUUAGCAAGUGGACAUAAUAGUCUGUCUUGACCUUUUUAUGAAGUUACUUUAUGGCAAUUUAUAGGAUCACUUAUAACAACAUCUUCCCAAAAUGCAGGAAACACCAUUUCAGAAGACUUGAUUUUUAUUAUUUUCCCCCAGAAGAACUAGAUUUCAAUUCACUGAACAGUCUCCCUACAUAUUACCUCCAGUAGUUGGAAUGUCUGGUUUAGCGAAAUAUAUAUACAGCCGAAAUUACACACCUCUUCAAUGCCUUUGAACAGUGAUUGUUUUAACACACAAAGUACACACAAACCUUGUGUAGUUGACUUUCAUUAGUAAGAGCUUUGUGUAUGGUAAUUAGAAUUGUCUUUAAUGUUGGAUUUGUUGACCAACUCUUUUCACAUGAGUUUGUAGCAAGAAUGACCAGGCUCCCAAGGCCUUGCUAUAACAGAAGACAGUAUAUCAUUGGCAUGGAAAGUUAUCUGAUUCUGAGUGUAUGAACCCAAGACCAAUUAUCCUUUUUUUUCUUUCCAGCAUCAACAAGAUUUGUAAAAUGUGACAAAUGCCAUCAUUUUUUUGUCGUGUUGUCUGACGUCGAUACCAAGAAGUCACUCAAGGCCGAAAUGAAACAUGCGGCUCUGGAAACCGAACAGAAGACAGAAAAACCCAAGAAAAAACUACCUCCUCCUAGAAAAGUUAGUUUGAGUACAAUGGCUAUGAGGCUGCAGUAUGUACUAGCUGCAUGCUCCAGUUCUGCAUUCUGAAAAAUGAUUUUCACACUGAAAAUCAUAGUGUCGUAAUAGAUUUUAUUCAGUUCAAGGUUGAUACCCCUCGACCAAGCAAAAAAGUUUAAAACAGAGUCUUAAAACUACUUUCCUUUCUCUAUCUUUCUCCGAAAUUCACAUAUUCUAUUUUAGCCUAUUGAGUGCCAGUUAGGGCACAUUUGGGCACAGUGCAACUCAAUGGGUCAACCAGAUACAUGGCCAAAUAGUCUGAUUAACUCAUUGGCCACUAGCACUCUCCCCUUGACAAGUAAUAUUGUCUGGCAUUAAAAUGAUAAAAUUAUAAAGUACAGUAGGUCACACUAGGGUACAAAACUACAAAACAGGUUAAUGGGUGAAGGUUUUAUGUUCAAUUUAAAUUUAGACCCAGCAUACACCUAACAAUUUUGAAGUGCUAAAAAAGAUUUGAAGUACUUGCGACACAAAAAUUUAUUUUUGAGAGUGUAUCGAACAACCCAAAACUUCUAGCCCUAUGUUAUUGAAGUAUGGCCUUGAAUUUUCCCUCUAGAUUUUCGACUUUCUCAAUAACUAUGUAAUCGGUCAAGAGCAAGCGAAGAAAGUGUUGUCAGUUGCUGUAUAUAACCACUACAAGAGACUAACCGUCAACAUCACUGAUGACGUAACACAGACGUCACAGAAUACGUCACAACGACCCGCAGUCAUUGUUACACCCGCAUCACCUUCGAACCCUCCUAGAGGUAUGGAAUGACCGUUGACCAAAAAUAGAUACACCUACUAUGUAUCAUAAAUUGUGAAACACGAAAGAAAUCAUGACUGUGAAGGUGUUUGUAUAUCUGAUACAAAAUCAUGCUGAUUUACAUAAACUUUAAGUUCAAUAUUCUCCCCAAAUAUCACUCAUUUAUUUUAAAUUGUCGAAGAAUACGAAUGUUCUCGUCAAGAAUAUAACGCGGCCGCUCAUGCAUGUUGUGGGUAGUACAAAAAUGCCACAUCUUUAUUCUUGAUGUCCUAAUUUUUAGAACUUUUACAAAUGGCAAUCAACAUGCAUCACAACUCGCCUCUGGGAGCGAACAAGGUUGAAUCUACAACACAAACGACGGAAGAGUCGCGUGGAAGCGACGCGUUGGACAGCAAAAGUGAUAAAGUCAAGUUAGACAAGAGUAAUAUAUUGAUGCUUGGACCCACUGGUUCAGGUUGGUAGUUCUCAGUGAUUAAUUCUCUGGUAAUUGAAACGCAUGUGAGAGCGCUUCUUCCAGUUUAACACUGCAGGAUUUUUUACAAAAUGUACCCUAAAAUCCUAGAUGGAUGAUCGUUACUGGAUCUCUAAAGAUAACAGUUUAGAACUGACAGAGCUAUCCAGUAUAUAAAUAUAAAGCUAUACUAAUAUUUAAUGAGAGCUGUCUAGAACUGGUAGAGAUCUAGUAAAAAGUAAAAUUUAGUCACAUUUGCCUUUCUCCUGGAAGAACAGUUUAGAAGUGAUAGAGCUAUCCAGCAUAAAUAAAGUUAGUUUAGGUAAAUUUUCUCCUGUAGUAACACUGGAUCAAUAAGAGAUUGGACCUCUAGGAAGAACAGUUCAGAACUGAUAGAGCUAUCCAGUAUAAAUAAAGUUAGUUUAUCUUAGGUUUCCUUCUGUAGUAACACUGGAUCAAUAAGAGAGGACUCUUACUGGACCUCUAGGAAGAACAGUUUAGAACUGAUAGAACUAUCCAGUAUAAAUAAAGUUAGUUUAGUUUAGGUUUCCUCCUGUAUUAACACUGGAUCAAUAAGGGAUGAUCCUUACUGAACAUCUAAGGAGAAUAGUUUAGAACUGAUAGAACUAUCCAGUACAAAUAAUAUUAACCAGUCUUCUUCUUUAGGUAAAACUCUGUUGGCACAAACGAUAGCAAAAUGUUUGGAUGUUCCAUUUGCAAUCUGUGACUGUACGACCCUGACGCAAGCGGGUUAUGUUGGUGAAGAUAUUGAGUCCGUGAUCGCUAAACUCUUACAAGAAGCGAAUUUUAAUGUAGAGAAAGCCCAGCAAGGUAGUGUGACACACACGGAUAGAACGACUCAUAAUCGAGUAAGAGUGGCCAGGGGCCGGUUGUUCAAUUGGUGGAUUAACGCUAACCCUUGGCUAAAAUCUAACCUGCUGUUUUGGUUUAUAUAUUUCUGCACGUCUGUUUAUUUCAAAACUUCAGAGAAGAAAACUCCUACUGAUUCAGACAAGAUUUCUGAAGAAAUGUUUCCAAAUUUGUAAACAAACUGUUGGAAAGUUUACUCUGAAUUUUAGGUUAACCUAGGUUAAGCUAUGGCCCCUGGUUUAUAUUAAAUUAUACGCACUGUUAGAUGUACUUUUCGUACAGAUGUACUUUUCGUACUCCGAAAGAAAAAAGUCGCGUUUUCAAACCAAUCUAUACAAAUACGAUAUACGGAGGCGCUGUGGUUUGUGGGAAGUUUUACGCAUAAGUCAUGUGAUGGUUGUUGUAAUAUUCUUCCUAAUUCUGUUUCUAUAGGGAUAGUUUUUCUAGACGAAGUAGAUAAGAUCAGUUCUGUUCCAGGAUUUCAUCAACUUCGCGACGUUGGAGGAGAAGGAGUCCAACAGGUUGGUCUUCGCUAAAUGUUUGAGUACUUUGAGUUUCUCACUUAUUGGUGAGCGGAUUUGCCAACAGGCUAUUGCCCAGUUGAUAGGGGAUCCGAGGUACCUAUGAUUUAACGUGCUUAUUCGAGAAGAUGCGAAAGUCUAACCAUUUACUGAUGUCAAUGUAAAGAUAGCACUUUCUCCUCAAUUAUUUUAAGACCUUCAGUAGGGGUCUCCCAGCUUGAAAGGCAAGCGUGAUGACCAUGACACCGCCAAUGCUGGUACAAGUUCUUUUGUUUGUCAUUAUUAGAGACCUUACGAUUUUAGGACGGCAACGCGACGACGACGGCCAAAACAAAUUUCUUCAAAUAAAUGGUAGUAAAGAUAAUAAAAGAUAAUUCGUCGUAUAGUAUCAAUCGAAUUAAUACAGUCUUAGAAGUUGAAGACAUAGGUUUUGAACAGUUCUGCUAUACCCAGUUUGAAGUUGCACUUGUUGCGGCUUGAAAUGCAGCCGUUGUAUCAAGACGUGAAAAUCUGUGAUUUGGCGUUGUAAACAGAGCGAGGACAAUGUCUAAAUUAUUCAUAUAUUGUAAUUAUUCAAUUCUUUGCAAUGAUCUAUUGUAUUGGUAGCCGUUGCCGUCGCGUUGCCGUCGUAAACUGUAAGGUCUCUAUUAACGUUAUUCUACUUCUCCUAGGGUUUACUGAAGAUCCUUGAGGGUACGAUAGUGAAUGUUCCUGAACGCAACUCACGUAAGAUGCGAGGAGAGACAAUUGCUGUUGACACGACAAAUAUUUUAUUCAUUGCAUCUGGUGCUUUUAAUGGCCUUGAUAAGAUUGUGAGCGGAAGAAAGCAAGAUAAGGUAGGAAACUUCAGAUUGAUUUUACCUUUUUUAGGGGCUGAUUACAUGGAGAACUUUCAACCCCGGGGUUGAACUCAGCCCUGUUAACCGGGUUGAAAUUUUUUGCGAUUACAUGGACGAUUUCAACCCCAGGGCUGAAACGCUAUACUAUACGUUCUCGGAAUCGAUUCCCGGAAGUAAAAAAGCCUUCGUUUUGUUUUCUUGUAAUAAAUAGUCACUACCACGCAUGCUCGAAUAACCGAUGAUAAUUUCAGCCCUGAGUUGAAACGAUUAUACAUGACAAAAUUUUCAACCCAGGGCUGAGUUCAAUCCCGGGGUUGAAAUUUCAACCCUGCUAGCUGAAGAAGGGUUGAAAUUUCAACCCCGGGGUUGAACUCAGCCCUGAGUUGAAAAUUUUGUCAUGUAAUCGCGCGCUUGAUUUUGAUAGAGUUUUGUAUUACAGACAGGGCUGAAAUUUCAACCCGGUAAACAGGAUUGAGUUCAACCCCGGGGUUGAAAAGAUAGUUGAGACGCAAACCACGGCAGUUUAUUGUACAAUACUCUCGAUGUAAGUAACGGAGCAGUUUGAACAACUACGGCGUACUAAAAUGUUCAAGGGAAUAUAAUUUGUCAGUCGCUUUUGUCGUAGAGUAAAAUGCCGUUGCCGUUGUAAGCUCCCAAACUCACUAGUAGCUUCCGACGAAGUGUCUUCGACGGAAGGGAAACGACAAAGUCCUGUUAAUAUUUUUCAGUUGUAUGUUAUCGUCGGAGCUGUCCAUUGUAGAAUACUACCUACACUGGACCACACGAUGUUUGAGAUGACAUUCUGUAUGCUCUGUUGCAGGUAAUGGGUUUCCAAAUGCGGCCAGUGAGUGCCGCGCCAACGUUCGAAGGCAAUACAAUGGAUAUUUUCAACUACAAAGUUAGUGCAGAGAGCGAAAGUGCCGAGAAAGAUGCUUUGCUUCAGGACGUCGAGGCUGGCGAUUUGAUUAAAUUUGGAAUGAUCCCUGAAUUUGUCGGCCGUAUGCCAAUUACAGUGAGCUUGCAGUCACUCUCGCGGGAUAUGCUGGUCAGGAUACUGCAAGAGCCGAGGAAUGCAUUGGUGCCACAGUUUCAGACAUUGUUUGAUAUGGAUAAGGUAUAAAGCUUACUACUUUAGGGAGCGGUCAUCACAACCUCGUACCCAGGGCCCUUGCGCGGUUCAGAGGCUCUGGUUCAUCAUUUAUGGCGGGAGGUGGCAUCGAAGAGAAAAGGGUUGGGUAAACAAAAUUUUGAGUAAAUGAAAGUAAAACAAAAUUUUCAGUAGGUUGGGUAGCCUAGUUCCGAAAUACCACACACUCGAACCGACUUGACCUCCUCGUAGCUGAGUUGGCAGAGCAUUGGACUAGUAGUAUCCCUAAGGUCGCGCGUUCGAUUGGAACCACUGUGGUCAGGCAAACUUCUUAGCUUGCCCGGUGUGGAUACACACUCAAAGUAACAUCAGAAACAUUAGGUUGGGUAAAUGAAGAACAAAAUAACUCAAAGGUUGGGUAAUAAAAAUCUAUUGUCAUUUCCAAAGCAUGACUCACUCAAAUAUUGAAGACUAAAAAGUAAUGUCAACAGUCUUAUGUCAAUACAAUAUGUAAAUCAAUCAGAGUCACUAUCUUGAUCAUUUUCCGAUUUGUCAGGAGGCAAAAGUGUCUCCAUAAAAAGUACAUGUGCAGACAACAUGAAAUUUUAGACUGCAGAAAAUUUCACAAGCAUGCAGUUAUUACUCAUGUCAUGCACAUGCAGGACAUGCUAUCCAAUAUAAAAGGUUAACCAUCUUUACUUCCUUAGUAACGAAAUGGGCUGAUGCUAAUGUAUACUUCGAUCUUUAUAUAGGUCGAGCUAGAUAUUACCCAAGAUGCGUUGUGUUUGAUAGCUCAACAAGCGCUCGAAAGAAAUACUGGCGCGAGAGGACUAAGAUCUAUAAUGGUAAGCAGCUAUGAUAUUGUGAAGUGUUCUUUUUGGCGUUCCUCUCAAAAUUACUUUGUUUUAGUUUUAUUUUGUAGUUCACACAGUUGAGAAACACAAAAUAAUAGUUAAAUAUUGUCAAUUUAAAUACAAUUAUCAUUGAUGCUAUAAAAUUGACGCCAUAUUUAUACACCAAUAUAAGCAAAUCUUGCUGAACUUCAGACAUCAUUUUCUCUUUGGCGUAUCAUCUAAAAUCUCUUCAUUUUAUUAUAAUUUUACAGAUAAACCACCAAACAUACUUUUUAAGUUUAUUUGCCGCUUGAGAAACGAAUAAAAAAAUUUUAAAAAUUGAAUAUAGUCAUAACGAAGUUAUAUUCAUUCUAGUUUUGAGCGCGUGUUAAGUAACAUACAAAAGAUUCUCCACUUAACAUUACGUUCUCGCUGUGAUAACUGCUCAGAGCCUUAGUAUAACAUUUAAACUUCUUUUCCAGGAAAAGUUGCUACUUGAGCCGAUGUUCGAAAUCCCUGAAUCCGAAAUCAAUUAUGUCUGUGUUGACGAAGACGUCGUUAAAGGAACCAAAGCCACCAUUUAUAGAACUUUGCAAAAAGAGAGCGAGGAUGAUUGUGAAAACAGUGUUGACGAUGAUGCAGAGUCGUUUCCAAAAGACGCGACGUCGAGCGGUUGACUUCUCGACUGCGCGAUUUUGUUUGGAACUUUGAACACCGCGAUGCGUGGCAUUGGAAAGAUUUUAGAUCCCUCUUGUAAAUUUUACGCAUUUGAUAUGUCUAACUUAAUAAGAUUGACAAUAUAAGAAUUUGGAAUUGAAUUUUUAGAUCGUAAUGUGUAGUUGUGUUAGGAAAGUUGUCCAUUUUAAGAUUUCUAUAAAUUGUGUAGCACGUAAAAUGUAAAGUAGUGAAAUAUUUAUACAUUAUUUUGUGAGUGUCGUUUCGUCAGCUUCAUGACGGUGAAAUUGCAUAAGGCUGAUAAAUGUGUCCGACCAAUUUUGUCUUGGCAACUGAAAGUAGGCUUUCUUCAAAUCUCCCUUUGUCGUAACACUAUAUACACACGUAAAAAUUUCACAACUUGUUAACAAGAUGCGUUCGCAACAGGCUUGUAGCAAGCUCGUCACCAAGUUGUAACAAUGCUGUUAUUUUAUCAAGUUGCCACAAGGUUGCCCCUCACAACUUGUUGACAAAUUGUUGAAUUGCAGGACGAUAACAAGUUGUUGGAACAACUUGCGACAAGUCUGUUGAGCUCGACAACCUUGUAGCAAGUUGUCAACAAGCUCGGAACAAGCAGUGCGAACACAUCCUGUUGACAAGUUGUUGGAACAGCACUGGCCACAAGUCUGCUGCAGGUUUGUUACAACUUGUGCUUUUUUACGUGUGUAAAUCGUAUACUUUUACAGCACAAAGUAAAAUUACAUCAAGUGGUAUCGUUUCCUGGGUAUAUUAUUUCGUUUAUUCGAGAAUUGGUUCUUUUGUACAUGCUACGGUAUUGUAAAGAUAUAUAAGUUGACUUAAUUUGCAUGCCUCUCGCUUUAGCCAUCGAUACACAACGAUCUGUCAAUCUGGCGCCAAACGUUAGCACUCGAGGUUUUUAUACUAUUUUUAAUAAUGAUCGUUGCAUGGAACAUAAUAGAGACCUUACGAUUUAGGACGGCAACGGCUACCAAUACAAUAAAUCAUUGAAAAGAAUUGAAUAAUUAGAAUAUAUGAAUAAUUUAGACCUUCAUGAUUUUUCCGUGUUGGUGUAAUGUACUCAGGUGAAUAUGAUGCUUGUGAUGUUACUCUGAGUGUAUAUCCACACCGGGCAAGCUUGAAAAAUAUGCCUGACCACGGUGGGAAUCGAACCUACGACCUUUGGAAUACUAGCCCAAUGCUCUGCCAACUGAGCUACGCGGUCUGGUCGGUUCGAGUAUGUGAUAUUUCGGAACAGAAUCUAGUUCCUUCGAUAUCAAUGGUCAGGCAUAUUUUUCAAGCUUGCCCGGUGUGGAUAUACACUCAGAGUAACAUCACAAGCAUCAUAAUUUAGACAUUGCCCUCGCUCUCUUUGCAACGCCAAAUCACAUAUUUUCACGUCUUGAUACAACGACUGCAUUUCAAGCCGCAACAAGAACAACUUCAAAUUGGGUUCAGCAGAACUCUUCCCAAACAUAAAACCCAUGUCUUCAACUUCCAAGGCUGUAUUAAAUUCACACGAUUGAUAACAUAUGACGAAUUAUCUUUACUACCAUUUAUUUGAAGGAGUUUCUUUUGGCCGUCGUCGUCGCGUUGCCGUCCUAAAAUCGUAAGGUCUCUAUUGCUUGGCGUAACAACCCUUGCAAUGCAAUGCUGAAAUCGUUUUUCUUAACAUUGCAAGCAAGUUCCGAGACAGAUUGCUUAGUGUAACAGCGCCUUAUAGGGAUACAGCUGCCUGAAAAAUACAAGGAGAUCUUCGACGUUUCCAACGAAAGGCCUUAAUCGUUGCGUUCUAGCACGGAUUCUGAUUUAGAGGCGUUCAAUGAUAAUCCAACAGAUGGUAGCUUCGCACCAUUGUCUGUCGAAGUUCUCCUAGUAUUUUUCAGGUAGUAGAGGUGUGCCGAUCCGAAUCCGAUCGGAUUCGUUUGGAUUUCGGAACAAAAAUAUUCAUUUCGGAUUGAUAAAGUUGUUUCGUAGCCGGAUCGGACUUCGAUAUUGUCAGCUUCUUGACAUGUAUUUCUUGCUUUUAUAUUUAUUUGGUUAAAUUAAAUAUUUCCACUUGAAUGAGAAAUUUAUUUUAUUAAAGGAUUCUUCGGAUCGGAUCGGAAUUCUUUAUCAAAACUCGGAUCGGAUUCGGAUUAGACAAUUUCGGAUCGGAUUGGAUUUUAAACAUUAGCCUAUUGUCGGAUUAUAAACGUCCAAUCCGAUCCGAUGCACACCUCUAUCAGGUAGUUGUAUUCCUAUCAAUCGGGAGUUCUCUAGAUGUGACCUCUUUGAUUUUUUGACUACAUCACAAUGGUGUAAAAGUUAACUCGGGUUAACGCAGGUCAGUGUUCGUGGUGUAUCGCGGGCUUAGUCGUUAUGGCAUUUUCUUUACAGAUGUUUACACAGCUCUUGAUAUAAAAAAUACUUUAUAUAUAGUUUUAACUCGACUUGAUUAAAAACCCUUCAUUGACACUAUUCUAUAUAUACACAACAACAUGCACGAUUAUAUACAUCCUGUAUAUAUCAAUCAGACCUCGUGAUCAUAUACCAAUGAUCGUUAUUUAAUGCUCCAAUCGAUGCUUCGUCCAAUCCAUUUCUGAAAUAAAAGAUCAUGCAGUAUUAUUAGAAAGUUUCACUUGUGGGUGCUUAUUACAGUCAUAUCAAGAAAAGGAGAUUUCCUUUGCGUUUUGCUCA